AUGUCCGGAUACCCUGGCCAAGGCUACCACGGCGCGGGCCAUCACGGCGGCGGUGGUGGCUACCCAUACGACAACAACAACAACAACAACAACAACAACAACAACAACAACUAUCCUCCACAGCCCGGCUAUGGCGGCGGCGGUUAUGGUGGACAGGGAGGCUACAACUCUGCUCCCCCCCAGCAAGGAUACGGCGCUCCCCAGGGCGGCUAUGGAGGUUAUCACGCACCUCCCCCGCAGCCUGGAUACGGCUCGCCUGCUCCCGGCGGUUACGGCGCUCCUCAACACGGUGGUUACGGCUCUUACCAACAGCCUCCGCCGCAGCAUGGAGGAUAUGGGCCGCCGCAGGGCGGAUACAACGGCGGUCAUCUCAAUCAAUAUCCCGGUUCGCAUCACCCACCUCCAGGCCUCGAUCCUCACGGCAAUCCUCUCAUCCCUCCGACCGCUUCGCACGCGAGAGCCGGCGCGCCACCACCUUCCAAUCCUGUUCCGUUUGGCCAUGGUGCGCCGUCCGGCUAUACGUUCCAAUAUUCGAACUGUACGGGAAGGCGAAAGGCACUGCUGAUUGGAAUCAAUUACUUCGGCAGCAAAGCUGAACUGAAGGGAUGCAUCAACGACGUUCACAACGUGUCGUCCUUCCUGAUCGAAAAGUACAACUAUAGGCGCGAGGACAUGGUUAUUCUGACCGAUGACCAAAACGAGCCCAGAAAGCGGCCAACAAAGGCAAACAUCCAAGACGCUAUGGGCUGGCUUGUCAGAGACGCCCAACCCAAUGACUCCCUAUUCCUUCACUACUCUGGCCACGGUGGCCAAACCGAAGAUCUAGACGGUGAUGAGGAUGACGGCUUCGACGAAGUCAUAUACCCCGUCGACUUUCAGCAAGCUGGACAUUUGGUAGAUGAUGAGAUUCACUUCCGUGUCGUUAAGCCCUUGCAGGCGGGAGUUCGCCUUACAGCCAUUUUCGACUCAUGUCACUCAGCAACCGUCAUGGAUUUACCUUAUGUGUACUCUACAAAAGGUGUUCUCAAGGAGCCCAACUUGGCCAAGGAAGCCGGCCAAGGUCUCUUGGGUGCCAUAACCUCGUAUGCUUCAGGUGAUAUAGCCGGUGUCGCCAGCAGCAUCAUGGGUUUCGCGAAGCAGGCCUUCAGCGGGGAUGAAGCUUACAAGAAGACGGUGGCUACGCGGACCUCAUCAGCAGAUGUCGUUAUGUGGUCCGGUAGCAAGGAUGAUCAGACAUCCGCUGACGCCUUUGUCGGAACCGAAGCCACCGGCGCCAUGUCAUGGGCUUUCAUUACCGCCCUGAAAGCCAAUCCCAAACAGAGCUACGUCGAGCUGCUCAACAGUAUCCGAGAAAUUCUCGAGACCAAGUAUACUCAAAAGCCACAGCUGUCUUGCAGCCAUCCUCUAGAUACCAAUCUGAUGUUUGUCAUGUAA